GCAAGAGCAAAAAGAAAUAAGAAAUAAGAAAUUAUGGCACGCAAGAGUACGUUCAACCGCACAUUGAAAUUUAUGCUCACUCUGUGUGGUAUUUGGCCGGGCGCAUCAUAUGUUCUAUUCUGCAGAAUGUUUUGGAUCGUUGCGACGGCAAUUAUUCUGUUCUGUCACUGCCGCUAUUUCCUGACGCACGUGCAUUCAGCCGAAAUUUUGGAUUUAAUGGACUGUCUAUCUAGUUUCCUGGCAUACUCCAAAGUGAUUAUUAAAUGCUUUGUGUUUUGGCUAAAUGAACGAAAAUUCAUCAAAAUCAUGGCAACGAUGACGGAAGAUUGGAAUGAUUGCGCUAAUAGUGACAUCAGCAUGCGCGAGACAGUAUCCAAAGCGAAAAUAUCCGAUCGCAUUACAAAUGCAAUUAUCACUCUUCACACAAUGACAAUUAUAGCAUAUUGCAUCGGUAUUGUACUGAUCGAUGUUGAUAUCACCGACAGCUCAACAGAAUUACCUUUUUUCAACAAGCUAGAAAUGCCAUUCAACAUAAACACGCUACGCAUGUAUAGAUGUGUCUUACUUGCGCAAUUCGUAAAUAUGCUUAUGUGCGGCUGGGCGGCUGGCAUAACAAACUCUUUACUACUAACUUUGACGUUACAUGCAGCUGGCCAAAUCGAUAUCUUGCGUUAUUGGUUGACGCAACUUGUGCCCCGUGAAAAUGAGAAUAAACAUGAAUCAAUCGCUAUCACGACCAAUAAAAUUAUCCAGAAACACCAAAAAAUCAUCAAUUUUUCAGAAAAUAUCGAAAGCAUUUAUACGUACAUUGCGUUGCUGCAAUUUGUGUCAAAUACGAUAAUGAUCUGUUCGUUAGCUUUCCUUAUCGUAACGGCAAUCGGCAGCCCAAAUGCGGCAGAGCAAAUAAUGAAAUGUCUUUUAUUUUAUACUAUAACAAAUCUUGAAGCAUUUAUAUUUUGCUUCGCUGGAGAAUAUUUAAGUAAUAAGAGCAAAGAAAUUGGUAUUGCAGCAUACAACGCCGCAUGGUAUGAUUUAAAUCCUAAAGAAAGUCGUGUUUUGUUAUUUAUUAUAUUAAGAUCGCAGAAGCAAUUGACACUCACAGCUGGAAAAAUGAUGGAGCUUUCCUUAAAGUCUUUUACAAGUAUCAUGAAUGCUUCGGGAUCAUAUCUGUCAAUGCUAUUGGCAAUGCAAUAA